AAUAGAUUAUACUUCUUAGGCCAUGUUUAAAGCUCUCGUUAUAUUUUUAUUUUUGCUAUGGGACGCGAGAGGUGAAACAAAUAACGAUCUGGAUUCCCGCGUAGUUGGUGGGGAGGACGCACCUGAUAGCUCUGCCCCUUAUAUAGCAUCAAUCAGACGUUUUCUUUUCGAGGGACUCACAGAAACAAUGCAUAUCUGUGGUGGCACCAUCCUAACUCAGAAAUGGAUUUUAACUGCUGCUCAUUGCACCUUCAGAGACCCAGCCCACACUAUCCAAGUAAGGGUAGGAACAAACAAACGCACUUCUGGUGGAAGCUCUUACGACGUUAAUUCCAUCGUCACCCACGAGGAUUACAAUGCAAAGUCAAUGAAGAAUGACAUCUCACUUCUUAAUAUCGUUGGUUCUAUCAAGUUUGAUACUAACAUUCAACCAAUAAAGCUACCAACGAAUGAUAUAGGCGCUGGUGCAAUGUGCACACUUAAGGGAUGGGGUAAGACUGAUUCACAUGUGGCUCCUGAAAACCUUCAAGUAGUCUAUAAUUUAACAACAAUAUAUGUGGAAGAGUGCAAUAGAAGGCUUGAUAACGUAUCUAAGAAAUUUCUUCCAAUUAUUGACAAACAACUUUGCACAUUAAAUCAGGAAGGAAAGGGCACGUGUAAAGGAGAUUCUGGUGGACCCCUCAUUAGUGGUGGUGUACAAGUUGGCAUUGUAUCAUGGGGUGUUCCUUGUGCUAAGGGGAAACCUGAUGUUUAUACAAGGGUAUACUGUUACGUGAAAUGGAUAAAUAAUUACAUUUCAAAUUAAUAGUUAUAGUUUUGU